AUGGAUGCUUAUCGAUUAGAUCAACGUGAAGUACAUACAGAUAAUGAUAACACUGAUCUAACGGAUCCUGAUUUUAUUCAAAAACUUCAAAAAUUAAUUGAAGCUGCAGCAAUUGUCUAUACUGGAAAUGAUAAAAAAGACUCUGCAGAACCUGAUCAUGAAAUUAAUACUCGAUUAGCAGCAAAUCGUCGUCCCGGACUUAUUCGUUUAAAAAAAUCUGAAUAA